CGGCUCGCUAAGGAUGGCUCGAUACGAUCAGAAAAAGGCAAGACCUAAGCGCGAUAGGACAAACGAGAAUUUUAGAAAGGGAGUAAAUGGAUUCCUCCUGCGAGGGGAAAAACUUCGGCGGAAGUAUCAUGCCGACGUUUAUAUACUAGUACGUCGUGAUCGGAAGCUCUAUUCCUAUGACUCAGGUAGUAAAUGCUGGGUUCCAACUCAAGAGGAAUUAGAAAACUACUACCCUCUACCAGUAAAGAGGUCGCCAGCAUAUUACCUACAUGAUACUUCAGAUGUAACCAGAUCAGAAGAGCAGACAAAUCCAUCUACUUAGUUAGCUCAAUAAUUUCAACCAUUGCAAGUACAGGCACUCAAUACUCUUCUCCUCCUCUCAGGAUCUUCACUUAAACCUAAUCGCACCAAACCACUCUACCGGAUCAAUCAAUCACCAUGCCAAUCUUCGUGUCUUUACGCCGCUUAGUCCACGAUUCUAGCAUCUCCAUUACCAAUCCAUACGUCGUUGACUUUUUCGACCGCCUCGCCGCCUCCUACAGUAUGGUUGGCCACCUCGAUACACUGCCUUCUACCAUCCCUUCCGCGACGGCGUGGACUACACACGAACUACGCCGGAAUUGAGAAUUCCCAAAUAGAGAGGAGAACUCGUACUGGACAUGGGCCUGGUGAUGAUUCGAGAUGCGGUAGUACGGGCCCUCGAGACAAUGGAUGGGAUAUAGGUCUUGCUUGGAGAGGAUAAUCCACGGGCAUAUAAGGUUCAGGAGC